AUGCCGGCCGAUACUUGUCCCUCAUCAUCAUAUAGCCCUACGAUGGGCUUUUUAUACAUCUUUAAUCUCAUUGUUGGUACAGGAGCAUUGGCAUUACCGAAAGCAUUUCAAACGGGUGGCUACGUUCUCAGCAUUAUAAUAUUGUUUGUCUCUAGCUUGGUGAGUUACGUGGCAGCAACCUUCAUUAUCGAAUCACUUUCUGUAGCAAACGCUGUGAAUGCUCGAAAGUGUAAAGAAGAGGCGAGGCAACAUAGGCAAUUUGAUGGUGAGCUAUUACCAGUUUACCCGUUCCCAGUAAAACUUGGAGACUGUUAG